CGGCGGCAGUGAGUAUUGAUCAUGUGUCUAUGGACACCACGAAACCCGUUUAUGAGAGUUCAGUAGGCGGAUGUAAUCAUUGUCGGGAAUGACAGUCAUGUCAAGAGAAGCCGUGCUAUGUCGGUUAUUAAGGAUUCUAAUGUUACACGCGCGAAUAAAACAAAGGGAUGCAUGUUGCAGGGUCACAUAUAUUCACACAGGAGUAUACAUUUCACUGUCGUAGAUUUCUGAAAAUCGAUUCGGAAGCUUUUUUUGGACGAACUAGAACGAGGUUCUGCACAAGACUAACAUAUGUAGAGCGGAUUGGAUCAUAUCUCUGGUCGGUGUCACUGCUGUCACAAUGUUAUCGUAUUUGCUGCUGAGCAACCUGGCGGACCGCCUCGUCUUCAACAUCCUGGGUAUAGUUGUGUCUUCGUACGCCUUGUAUGUGGAGACGCAAAAAGAGAAGAAUCCGAAGUACAGGGCUAUGUGCGACUUCAACGAGCACAUGAGCUGUUCGAAAGCCCUGUGUUCAGAGUACGGUAAAGGCUUCGGUGUUGUUGGUGUGUUGCUUGGACCAAAGCAUUUCUUGAAUCAGCGCAACUGUACUAUGGGCAUCCUCUUUUACCUGUUGCAGAUUGGUCUAGCCUUCCUCCCUGACCAGGGCCUUGCCUCCCUCCUGCUCUACUACUCGUCGGUACUGGCUGGAAUCGGCUCGGCCUACCUGGCCUACAUUCUGCUUUUUGUUCUCCGGGAUCUCUGCAUCGUGUGUGUCUUCACCUACGUCAUCAACGCGUCAUUAAUUUAUCUCAAUUACAGUCUGUACAAACAAAAACAGUUCAACUGAUUCACUCUAUAGGGCCGGAGUCUCGUAUGCAGGAAUUUGAGCAAGGGGGGGUGGGGUGGGGUGAGGUGGGGGGGGUGGGGGUAUGUGUUUGACUGUGGCCUGUGACGAGCGAAGUUUUUAGGGAGUAGGAGGAUCAUCUACACCCGAGUGCGUCGUUAAAUAAAACAUUUGCUUCAUCUACACCCGGAAAAUAUAUUGAAGAAAAACUAAAUGAAAAUUCGCUUGAGCAGGGCGUGGUGGUGGUAGUUUCGACCCCCGAAGCCUCCCCCUGCACACGUGUUUGGUCUGUACCUGAACAAACAUAUCUGAGGUUGCAUUUAAAAAAAAGAAAAAAAGAAAAGAACAAAGAACAAAGGCACACUAGGCCAGUUUACAUACUGUUGAGUGACACUACAUCAUUAACGGUCAAGAUAUGAAUGUUUUUUUUUAUAAACAUGUGCUAUAAUAAAAAAAGUUUCCUUUAUUAAAAA